GAGACAUUUUUUAAACCAUCAGAAAAGAACAACAAGAUGUCAACCGUUUAUAGCUCAGCCUUGUCAAGGUGAUGCGCAGACUGGAAAAGCAUCGUUUAGGCUACACUUAUGAAGCCUGAUUUUCCAGAAUGAGGAGAAGUCAAAGGUUACCAUGGUGGCUCACGGCAUCGCACUGAAAUGCGAUUCCAGAUUUCUGUUGGCAGUUCUAGCAGUAUGGACUUUUAGAGUCUGUGGAAUCAGCAGGCAUGACAAGUAAUGUGAUCCGUGCGCCACGCAGUUUUCUACACUUGCCGGAGAUGAUGCAAAGACACGGGACGUCGUUAGAGGACUGCGCUGAGGCCUGUGCCCUGGAGAGACAGAUAAAGUGCAGGUACUUCAAAUACUUGAACGAGACACACAUGUGUCUGUUGUCUUCGUCUGAGAGCUCGACUGUUCGUCGCAUGGCGCAGGACGAACCCCCGGAGGACACAGGGACAAUAUCCGAAGAUACAGUUCCUAGUGCAGGUGCAGGUGAAGCUGAAGCUGAGAAACAGCCGCCGGCAAAAGCGCCAUUAAAGUUUCAGGAACUGGAAGAAACGCUUGAGAACCUCAGAGAACAGGAAGAAAAUAUGGAUAAAAUGAAACACGUCAUCGCAGAUCUUCAUGACGAGGUGAACAUGCUCAAGAAGCUGCACAUGUCGGAUGCCCACAAACUGUCGAGUAGCAGGGAGCUUCAGGACGAGACCACGGCGCUACUCACUCGCCGCAUCGUUAACCUCAAGGUUGACGGGGAAAAGUUCAAGGCCGCCAUGCAUGCGCUCAGUAACAUGCAGCGCAUCCUGGCCAAGGAAAUCGGAAGUCUUAAAGAUGAACAGAAGGACGUGCUGAUAAAAUUGUCAGAGAUCGAGAAGUCGGCCAGUGAACUGGAGACCAUGAGCGCAACACUCAAGGGCACCGACGGCGCCCUACAGCGAGACGUGGACUCUGUCAAAGAUGGCAUCAGCGACUUAGCCCUCAGAAUUGACAAACUCCGAUCUAUUGUCAACAAGCAGAUUAGCGAAAACAAGAUGUCGCCACUCCUCAUAAAGAUCAAACACAACCAAGGUGCCCUCGCAACAGCUCUGGAAUCAGUGUCCGAGAAAGUUGCAGGCCUCAUUGCCGAGAUGCCGGCUGUGGCGUCUGGGCUGAGAAGGACAGACCAGAAGGUGUCUAACCAAGCUCUGUACGCUCACGAGUUGCAAGGCAAACUGAAAGUGCUGUAUCAGAACCUCAUUCAAAUCAAGAAGGACAUCGGAGAUCUCCUUGACCCCCGAUCCGAGGUGAACAUGGAGCGAGCCAAAGGCAUUCUGAAGCUCAGGUCCGACGUGUCCAUGCUGGCGGAGAUGGACAAGGGCAUCAAGAGCGAGAUCAGGGACCAGAAGGAAGACAUGGCGCGCCUAAUUAAGGACGUGGCGCGGGUGCAACUCAUGGCCCAGAACAUGAAGGACAAGCUCACCCUGGUGCUCACUGCCAGCCGUCAGUUCCAGCAGGACAUCAAUGUGCUCAAAGAAGGACAGAAAAACGGCUUGUCCGUGGUGGAGGUGGCCGAGAUGCAGAAGCAGGUGCUGGUGGCCCUCAAUCGCCUGAAGACGCGGGAGGCGCUGGUGAUGAAGCAGAUGCAGAAGUACCGCGAGUCCGUGCAGCGGGUGGCGCAGCUGGUGCAGGACUCUCAGAGCCAGAAGUCACGCACCCAGCGUCUGGUGCUGCAGCUGCAGUCCCGCUUCCGCCACCUCGAGGCCGAGAUUCAAGAGCUGUUUUACAAGACGCGAAGUAUUGCCAGCAAGAUGCAGCAUCCACAAAACAUGAAAGGCAUGGCCGCCUUGCUAAGGUCACAGGCCCACACCAAUGCCAAACUCACUGACCUCGCCAGGGAAUUCGACAGAUUACAAGUGCGCGUCGAGCAACUCAGCAUGGAGUUUAAAGACGAGGACACCAUGGGUCCAAAGGGUGAGAUGGAGCUUGUCGAGGGUAGGGAACACCUUGAGAAAUCGUCGUCUCUCGACGAACCCUUCAUUGAAGAAGACAUUCACAUCACGAAAGAGCGCCCCCACAGCUCAUUUUCUGACUUUGACACCUGGCCUCCAGAAAGUGCAGAGAAAAUCGACGAUUAUUUCAAGGUUAAUAAGAAUGGGGAGGCAUCGGAAGAGUUAUAUGAUACCCUGAUGGCUGAUGGCAAAGGAGCGAAACGCACAAAAUACGUGAGCAAAAACUUACGACGGAAAAAGGCGCCAGUUUCGACAAAAGACAGGAAGAAUAAACACACCCCUGUGAGCAAUGUGGAUAACAAUAAAAAUGAACCUCAAGAGGCUGGAAUCCGUGCGAGCGGCAAUAUCAAAUAAUAGACGAAUCGACACAUACGAGGUUCUUAAAAUAGAAACAGCAAAACCAGAAAGCAAA